CUUCCUCUUCAAUCUCUCUUUUUCUCUCUCUCUUCUCUGAAAUUCACGAUCUUGCUCUCGUUUUUCACAGCCAUGGACGAUCAAACGGUGGAAAUUCUCUCCGACAAGUGCGAAGUAGUUCCGAAUCAAGAUUCCCAGCCUUCGAUCGUCCUUGAAAGAGAUAUUGUUUCAGAUAAAUUCGAGGGAUAUUCUGAAUUGACAGAUGAGACGACGAUGUCGAAUGGAAUCCAAGAUGCCUCUUUAGAUCAGGGGCAGACCCUUCCAAUAUUGCAGAAAGUUAUCAAUUUGAGCACCCAAAUUCAGGAUUUGAAGAGGGAACACGCCACCCUAUCUGAUCAAGUAAAGCUCACGACAAGUUCCUUUCCAGACCCUGCAGUUCUAAACAGUCUUCAGCUUCUCAGUACUGAUUAUGAACUUUUAAAGAAAAAGUACAUCAAGGAUAGCUCCGAGAGGAAGCGGCUUUACAAUGAAGUGAUUGAGCUUAAAGGGAACAUCAGGGUCUUCUGCAGAUGUAGACCAAUAAACCAAUAUGAAGUUGCUAAUGGCUGUAAUUCCGUCAUUGAGUAUGACUCAUCUGUGGAUAAUGAGCUCCAGGUCAUUUGCUCUGAUUCUUCGAAAAAGCAAUUCAAGUUUGACCAUGUGUUUAGACCAGAGGACAACCAAGAGGCCGUUUUUGCCCAAACAAAACCUAUUGUGACUUCGGUGUUGGAUGGUUACAACGUGUGUAUUUUUGCAUAUGGACAAACCGGAACUGGUAAGACGUUUACAAUGGAGGGAACACCAGAAAAUAGGGGAGUUAAUUACAGGACAGUGGAGGAGUUGUUUCGUAUUUCUCAAGAAAGAGGUGGUGUCAUGAGAUAUGAAUUGUUUGUUAGCAUGUUGGAGGUUUACAACGAAAAGAUAAGGGACCUCUUGGUGGAUAAUAGCAACCAACAAACUAAAAAGUUGGAAAUUAAGCAAGCUACGGACGGAACACAGGAAGUUCCCGGGCUAGUGGAAGCUCAUGUUUUCGGUAUCGAGAAUGUGUGGGAACUGCUCAAGUCUGGAAGCCGAGUCAGAUCUGUUGGAUCCACCAGUCUCAAUGAAAUGAGCAGCCGUUCUCACUGCUUGUUGCGAGUGACUGUUAAGGGGGAGAAUCUAAUAAAUGGGCAAAGGACAAGGAGUCACCUUUGGCUGGUCGAUUUGGCUGGUAGUGAGCGUAUUGGAAGAAUCGAAGUUGAAGGUGAAAGAUUGAAGGAGUCUCAGUUUAUAAAUAAAUCUCUUUCAGCCCUUGGAGAUGUUAUAUCUGCCCUUGCAUCUAAAACCACUCACGUUCCUUACAGGAACUCGAAGCUAACCCACAUGCUGCAGAGCUCUCUAGGAGGAGAUUGCAAAACUUUGAUGUUUGUCCAAGUUAGCCCAAGUUCAUCAGAUCUAGGAGAAACACUUUGCUCCCUGAAUUUUGCCAGUCGAGUUCGGGGAAUUGAAAGUGGACCUGCUCGCAAACAGACUGACCUUACUGAGCUCUUUAAGUACAAGCAAAUGGCAGAAAAGUUUAAGCAUGAUGAGAAAGAAACAAAAAAACUACAGGAAAGUUUGCAAUCCUGUCAGUUGAGGCUUGCUGCCCGUGAGCAGGUCUGCAGAAAUCUUCAAGAAAAGGUUCGAGACCUUGAGAACCAAUUAGCGGAGGAAAGGAAAGCCAGACUUAAACAGGAAUCUAGAGCUUUAGCUGCUGCUUCUGCUCCAUCCUCAUCAACAUCAUCUCUAAGUCUAAAACAAGUAGUACAGAAGACUGCAACGGAUAAGAAGCCACCUUUGGCUCCUAAUGGUAAUAAACUGAGGAUCCCACUCCGAAGAAUAACUAAUUUUUUGCCCCCUCCAUCUCCUCUGCCACCACUUAAGGAAACGAGACCGUUCACUUCAGCAGCAGACUGCAAAGAAAACAUUCCCAAAAUGGGAAACAGAAGGCCUCUCCAAGCAAGAAGGAUUUCCAUUGCUACUGUCAGACCCCCCCCUCUAAGCAGUAGUACAACCUCACAGGGUCUGAAGCCCAAGAGACGAGUCUCCAUCGCUACCUUUCGCCCCGAGCCAAAUUGUCAUCUGACAACACCACUCCACACUUCAGCGUCGAGGUUUAAGAAUGGUGGUGCUGCAGCAGGCAGGUUCUCGAUGAUGAGAGAUCCUCGGAAAGCGCGUUACUCAAGGCUCUUCUCCCCAUUGCCUGAGAUGAAAACAGUGGGAGGAGAGACGACACCAUUUGCUGUGAGGAGCAGUAAGUUCAUGGGGAGUCCACCAACACUGGCUGCCGGUUCAAACAUUCCAAGGCACCACCAUCCAGGGGCAGUGAUUGCGCUGCAAAGGAAACCAUUGGUGUGGAGCCCAUUCAAGUUGAGAGGCAUGAAACCUAACAGGAGGCCAUCAUUAUUGGCGUCUCGAUCUUCAACCAAUAUUCAGUGACCUUGUUCUUUUUCAUUACUUGAAGAGAAAUUCAACGAUGUCAUGUCAGUGUUCAUAUUAUCCAACACAUUGGGGAAAAACAAAAUUUACAUUCUUUUGUGAUCUUUUCAUAAGAUGCCUUUUUCUUAAAAAAAAAAAAAAACACAUGAUGCUUACUUACGAGACAUGAUGUAUCUUC